AUGCAAGUCCGUAUUGGCGACGCUGGUGAUCGAUUCCAUUCUCUGGAUGAUAUCUACUAUUACGGCGGUCAACAGGCUCAUGAGCAAGUUGCAGUGGAGUCAUAUCGUGCUGAAAACGACGAUGAAAUUGAUUUAGAAAAGGGAGAUGUAAUCGGGAUCGCUGGUAAUCACUGGGAUGGCUUCUCGAAGGGUAAGAAUCGACGGACCGGACGCACAGGCCUCUAUCCGUCCUAUAAAACUCGUGAAAAAUAUAUUGUUGUUGAUUUUCCGUAG